AUGCGAGAAAAGAAACCAAACUGGCCAUAUCCUAGAAUUGAUCAUUUUCCAGGAAGGUUCGAGAGGUUUUCCUACAGAACUUAUAACUGGCUCGAAAACCGAAUUUGGCCAGUCCGCCCUGUCCCAUUUUUGGCUAUCAUCACUACAGCAACUGGGUAUCAGCUCCGAAACUGCGGACUUUCAGAUCUUCAAACAAACUGGCAAAUAAUCAUAAAGCCUUUUAUCAUAUCAAUUGGCUCAGUGUACACUGCAGUAUUCGUUCUUCGUCACUUCCUCAAAUAUUUUUAUUUUUCUUACAAAGGAUUUCUAAAGGAGAACCCAAAAAAGCCUUCGUUUCUGACCAUGCUCUGGGGUGCUCUUAGGAAAACAAACCUUGUACUGAUAAAUUCUGAAAGAUUUGUUUUCAGAAUUGUUUCGGAGAUGAUGGAUCGAAAUGACAAGUCAACUGGAUUUCUGUCGAAAAUUGGAGCAUUGACAACUGAUAAAAGAACUGAAUGGAGUAUCAACCGACAGAAGUUUUUCUUGGAGAACAAGAACAAUAAAAAGCUUCUAGAAGUGAUUGAGACAGCACAAUUUGUGACUUCAGUGGACGAUUCUGUUGAAUGGGGAGUGGAAACCACGGAACAAGCAUCUCAAUACAUGAAGGAUAUGAUCACAGGAGAUGGUACCAAUCGAUGGUUCGAUAAAACAAUGAACUAUGCAGUUUGCGCCAAUGGAAGGGGCGGAGCAACUGGAGAACACUCGCCAUGUGAUGGAGCAGAGUUGGAUCAUUUGUGCGAGAACUUUUUGAAUAUAGACAAACAGAUUCUGAAGUCACCAAGUAAAAAACAACAGUUAGAGAAUGCGAAAAUUACGGAAAAGGACAAAAAAGAACUGAAAAUGGCUGAGAAGUUGGAGUUUGAAGUGGUAAAUGGAAUGAAGGAGGAAGUUGAAAGAUGCUAUGAUUCGCACAUGAAAGCUACGGAUGAUCUUCACAUGCAUUCAAUGAUAUUUUUGGAUUUCGGGAAAGGGAGACUAAAGAAAUGCGGAAUUUCUCCAGAUGGGUUUGUGCAGAUGGCAAUACAAUUGGCUUAUUACAAAGAUCAAGGUAUAUUCACACAGACCUACGAACCUGGAUCAGUAAGAUUCUAUGCCAAUUCAAGAACCGAAACUCUACGUCCAGUCACUGAAGCCUCUUGCGAUUUUGUCAAAUCAGUUAUGGAUGAGAAAUCAACAAGGGAAAUCCGCAGAAAACUAUUAAAAAACGCAUGUGAAGUUCAUGUCAACAAUUGCAAGGAGAUUAUGUUGGGCAAUGGAGUAGACCGACAUCUUUUCAUUCUUUGUGUUAUAGCAAAAGGGUUGGGUUAUUCCAGUCCUUUCUUAGACUUCUAUGCAAGUCAGAAAUGGUUGCUCAGUACUAGUAAUAUUCCCAACAUGACCAAUUCCAUCGACGAGGAUUCUUCUGUUGACAAAAUCAUGCUCGGAGGUUCUUUCGGAGCUGUAGCCCAGGAUGGAUAUGGAAUCUGCUACCGAUUUGGAGGAAACCAAGCAAUUCUAGUUCAUGUCACCUCUUAUCAUAGUUCGGAGAUCACGAAUUCUGAUCGAAUCGGGGCACAUUUGAAAGAAGCUUUUCAUACUUUGGCUGACUUGUUUGAAGACUAA